AUGUUGAAAGCUUUAGAAGGGAUAAAGCCUCAACCCUGGCUGUCUGUUGGGCAAUCACACAUUAUUAGAAUGGUUCCCACCUUUAUAUGCACUAGAGGAUUGGGAUAUAUGCCAACAUCCAAUGGACCAAUACUGCAUGGUGGAUGCCGUUCUGUAUUCCGACAAACCUUCACCUUUAUUGGACGCCCUGAAGGUAAAGUUUUAAGUCAAAUUAAUCCCUACCUAUACUCGGCCCAAAAACUGAAACAUUACAACAGAACGCAGAUCCAUCGCGGCGUUUGCAUCUCCCGCUGCAUGGGCAAUGGAACUGACUUCAUGGAAGCAGCGCAGACGUGCAUCAACCGAUCUAUCGAAAGUUACGAUCUUCAGGCAGAGGUGAUAUCGGCAAAAUGGUGUAGUACAGCAGGCCACCAGGAAAUAUCGACAUCAAGUCGCGCGUUCGGGGUCUUCGUUGUCGCCCUCAUCAUCAUCACGUUGGUGGCAACAGUCCUGGGAUUGUUCAGUAAUAAAAUGGGUAACCGAUUCCUAAUGGCUUUCUCGCUUGUGAAGAACUGGGAGAUUCUGACGUACGACCGUUCGAAGCCACGAGCCGAGCCUCGUAUGAAGGAUCUCAGUCCAAUCGAAGGAAUCAGAGUAAUCGGUACGCAAUGUGUUAUAUUCGCACACGUUAUUCUUACCUAUGUCUACUCGUACAUAGACAAUCCCCAAUUUAUUGAACAGAUGUACGAUCAAUUCGGGUGGAAGAUGGUCUUAAACUCUCCCCCGUGGCUUCAAGGCUUCUUUGCGAUUUCCGGCUUCCUCAACUGUUACACAUUGCUCAUUCUUUCUGAGAAGAGGAAUAUAUCAAUCGGUUACAGCAUCCUCUCUAUACUGAACCGUUAUAUCAGGGUGACGCCCGUAUCAGUUUUCGCCCUUUGGUUCAUCGUCGCCUGGUACCCACACAUGGGUUCUGGGCCUCAGUGGGCCUGGGUUGUCGGGCGAGAGUCGUGCGAGUGUUCCCAAGCUUGGCUGGGCCACUUCUUGUAUAUCCUGAACUACCAGACCUUGGGCAAGUUCUGUAUGGCCCACACUUGGUAUCUCUCAGCGGACAUGCAAAUCCAUGUACUUGGUACCAUUCUAAUGUUCAUUCUACUUCGCUACCGACGCUUAAUGUUACCAGUUCUCGGGGCAUUGCUCGUUGCUUCUUCAGCUGGGGCUGCCUUCGUGGUAUACUACUACGAACUGACUCCCAUCAUCACAGCACAGCCUCCCGAAGGCCUUCGUACAAUAUUCUUUAAAUCUGGCAUAAUAAAACACCUGUACCUGCCGGUAUGGAUGAAUUUAUCUGGCUACAUUUGUGGAACAGCUGCUGCAUACAUUCACUAUCAGAACCAGCAAGCGGGUGUGAAGCUUAACGAGAAAAAAUGGUUUAACAUCCUAAACCAGCUGUCGCUGCACAUCGCCAGCAUCGUGGUGCUCUGCGGUAUUCCCUUCCUCUCUGAUGAGACGCCCCCUCUAUGGGUUUCAGCACUGUACUCCGCCCUGGAUAGGUCGCUCGUCUCAAUAUGCUUCUCCAUUUUUCUUCUGGGACUCGUUAGCAAGUGUAAAUCACCACCUCUUACUUUCUUGUCGUGGCGAGGGUGGAACGUGCUCGGCAGACUUUCCUUCUGUGUGUUUGUUAUACACUUCAUUAUCCUACGUUUUGCGAUCGCAUACAAUACCCAGAUCCCUCAUGCAACUUUAUUCUCUAUGAUAUCCCUUCUCAUAGUGGGUACAAUACUAACCUUUCUCGUUAGUAUCCCGGUGUGCUUGAUGAUAGAGAUACCAGCAAUCCAGUUCUGGAAGGCGUUAUUCCAAGGAGAAUCUCGACCACCUGCGGUGACUGAAGAACCAGUUAAUCCCAAAUUCGACCUCGUUGCUGGCAUCAACGGACAACAGAACGAAGUAUAA